GAGAGGCGAAGCACCUGCCGGAAUGCGCCUUAGGGCGCAGCUGGAGGAAAUGGGAAAGCGCUCCAGCAACAGGUGCCGGGGGAGAUCGAGCCGAGGGAGGAAGGGAGUUGCUUGCAGCGGCUCGCUCCUUUCCAGAUAAUACUAACAAUAACAAUAAUCGUAAAAGGCGAGGCUUCCCUUCCCAAGCGGAAAAGCAAGGCCAACACCUCCCUGAGUUAGGAGUAGAGGGUGAGGUUUGUUUGCGCAGAGGGAUCCGGCCGGUGGGCGGAGGAGGCGGCGCCAUGGCCUGGAGCUGGCGAUGGCAACACCUAGGGCUCUUUCUCGGCCUCAGCUGGCUCCCGACAGGUUGCUUCUCCAUCCUGGUGACUGUGCCAGUUGCUGAGCGAUACACAACUUUAUUUGCCUCUGUGACCCUCAGGUGUGACUACAGUACCUCUGCCCCACUGCAGGAUGUGCUAGUUACUUGGCGCUAUAAGUCCUUUUGCAAGGAUCCCAUCCUUGACUACUACAGUGUUGCCUAUCAAGCAGGCCUAGCUAUUGGCCAGGACCCUUCCAACGACUGCAAUGACAAUCAGCGGGAAAUACGCAUUGUUGCUCAGAGAAGAGGGCAAAAUGAACCUGUGCUUGGUGUUGAUUACAGACAGCGGAGGAUAACCAUUCAGAACAAAGCAGAUCUCCUGAUCAAUGAAGUGAUGUGGUGGGACCAUGGAGUCUACUACUGUAAUGUUGAAGCUCCAGGAGAUACAAGCGGUGACUCAGACAUAGAGGUCAAGCUCAUUGUUCUCAACUGGCUGACUGUCGUCCUUAUUGUCCUUGGUGGCCUCCUCCUCCUCAUGCUGAUAGGGGUGUGCUGGUGCCAGUGUUGCCCUCAGCAUUGCUGCUGCCAUGUGCGCUGUGCCUGCUGCCCAACUCGCUGCUGCUGCAAUGAGAAAGUGCUGGAACGACAUCAGUUCAUGAAACAGGCUCAACAACUUUUCCCAUGGAUGACACACCACUCCCAGUCAUCUUCAUAUCAACUAAACCCAUUGCUACAGAGAGAUAUGUCUCUGCAGAGCAGUCAGCCACGGAUGCCUCCACUUACCCAGUUGCCCUCCAACAAGAUCUUGGAGCAGCUUGAGUCUGAGGUCAGGAACCUUGGCGUUUCCCAGCCCAUGAUACCUCCGCACCGCGUUGAGAGCAGUCGUCAUCCUAGCAUCCUCUCCUCUCUGGGCUCAGAGAUUGUGGAACGCAGAGUGAUCCAGCUGCCUCCCAUCAUUGAGCGCAUCCCAUCCUCCCGCAGAACUAGUGGUUCGUCACGACCACGGCGGUCGACAUAUGCCUCGCGACCCCGGAGCCAGGCGAGUGACGACGAGAGGGAGAGGAGGAGGAGGCGCUUGUCUUUGGAUGAAGAAGAAGAUUCCUACUCCAGUUACGACCAGGAACUCCGGAACAGACCUAGAGACCGCAUAGUCGAGAGGCAGAGGGCUGGCAGCCAUUAUGACAGGUCUCGGAGUUCUAGGCCAGACUUAUCUCCCAUUUUGCAUGGUAGGAACAGUUCUGAUUCAUAUCCUGAGGAGGAUAGAAGGGAGCGUUCCGCACGGCAUCCCUCUGACAGAAGGUAUUCAGGGCAGCGGGCUUAUCGACCUCUCAGUCAGAGGAGCAGGGACUCUUAUCGCCAGGGCCGCCGCCGCCGCCAUCGCAGCUGUUCUCCACCAUCCCACCGGGAGUCGUGGAGUUCAUCUGAUGAGUACGAGCGCUUCCAAGGGAACAGCAGGCGGCAUCGCCAGCGCCGCUCUCCAGACUGGCCAGAGAAACCCCCUAGUUACCGCUCGGUAGAAAUCAUCCCAGCCAAAGGCGACAAAGCCAGAAGCCUUGCAGAGCAGCAAUCGGAAAAAGGCAGUUCUCGCAGCGGAAGAAGCGUUGUCAUUUAGCCUUUUCUUCCUGCUAUUGUAAAAAAAAUGUCCGCAAAUCAAAACAGUCAUUAGCUGUUCAGUGUAGCAGCCAACAGGAGGAAUCUGUUUCAUCUCAACCACCUUCAGCCUGGAUUUCCUCAUCUUGGACACUUUGAUUUCCAAUGCAGUGGUUCAUGAAAAAGCAUCGUUUUGCUGAUAAAGCAGGAAUGAGAUGGAACUCCUUUUCAGCAACAUCUAGUUCCCGACAUCCCUGCUCUAGGAUUUGCUAGACAGUUGGCUUUUAAAAACACACUUUGUACAGGAAUAAUUUGUACAA